GUCUUGCUUUAAAUAUAAUUAAAACACCCGGGUUAAUUAAAAUUUCUUCAUAUUUUUAAUCUUCGUAUUUCUUCAUUGUACUCUUCGCGUCAUUGACCGUGAACAGUGCACACAGUUUUAAUACCGACAGCACAGCUGGUAUAAAUAUGUUGCUUUAAAUAGACUCGUUAUGUUCGCUUGCACCUUUAGACGUCAUUUGACAAAUAAAGCUGCGGUAGCGACUGUCAGUCUAUGAAAAUGCACCUACUUAAUAUUUAUUUUGAAAUUUAAAAACGUGCACCUAUCAAAAAAUUGGCGAGGUGAAGCCGAUUGCGUUAUUCUUAAGUACAUUUGUAGUUGUGGUUGUUAUCAUGUGUUGAUACAUAUUCGAACAAAUAGAACUUUGUCAAAUUGAAAGAUUUAUGUUAAUUGAAAUUUUUUGGCGAAAUGCCAGCACUCGCACACAACACAUAACGACUCGCAUGCGAUGAUGACUAAUUCAGUUAAUUUAUGCAAAACAACGUCAACUGCAUGCAACCAAGACAAAAGAUUUAUUUAAAACAAAUUGCGAUUUAUAUACCUACAUAUGUAUGUUCAUAUGUAUGCAUGUGUGUAUACAGAUGUUUAUAAAAACUUUAAUUUCUCAGAUCAUGGAUACUAAAUGACUUUUAAUUACAGACAAAUUAAGAACUCUCAGUUCAGUUACUUAACUGUGUAGGCGCACCCUAUCAACUGCUCAUCUGGAUAUUCAAAAACAUGCACACACUCAAUAGCCCAACUUAUGCAUACAAACGCGCGUUCUCUCUUGUCUUCCGUAGCAUCUUUCUAAAUUUGAAAAUUUUUCAUAAGCAGCGUUCUUUUAAAUUAAUUUUCAAAAUAUUGAAUCAGUGCGAGCGGGUCACUCAGACGGAAACCACACACUAUUCGUAAAUAUUGGUCGUUUUUGAUUGGUGAAAAGUAAAAGUGAUGUAAAACUAAACAAACAUAUAAUAUACUUAUAUAUACAUAUGUACAUACAUACAAACAUAAUUUGGCAUAAAAAUAUGUUUUGUUUUUUCCAAAAUAAGAUGAAUUAUUGUGCUAUAUCUUAAAACUGUGUAGUGAACAGCAAACAACACUAUACAAAUAUAUAGAUUAAUACAAAAACUAUUGGCAUCACAAGAGUCACGAGUUUCUGAGACGGCUCACUUGUGUAGUAAUAUGUUUCGUGUCUCGCAGGAGAUUCGGUUGAAUACAAGCAGCAGCGCUGAAGUGACACGCUACUGCAACACCACAAAUGCCGACAGUGAAAAUGAUUGUAUUUUUGGAAAAUACCAAAGAACCCCAGACGCGGAUGCAUACCCCACAGAAAAUCCGCUGGUGUUAGUUGCACCCGAAUUAACAGACCCCAGCAAAGUUCAACUACUUCACUUCCCGAAUGGCGCAAUGCGUAUAAAUUCGGAAGUGGAUUUCAUAAUCAAACGCAAUGGUGUGAAGGGAAAUUUCGAAGUCAAGGCUGAAAGCCCCUCUGGCAUAACCGCUAUCACACCUCUACAACUUAUUGAUCCGGAACGUUUAAGAGCGAGCUUUCAACUGAAAGAGGCAGGGCUCUAUAAAGUACACAUCAAAUGUAAUUCCGUGCCAUUACCCAAAUCGCCAUUCAUUAUAGUCUCCAUUUGCGGUGAACCCGAGAGCAAUGUGCGCAAAAUGGAAUUGCCCGUAUUCAAAUCAGACGCCAGUUGUGUGACAUAUCGUGGACUUGGUCUAACACACAUUUCACUUGAAGAGAAGAACGAGUUCACCGUUGAUGGUUCGGCCGCGGGCAACAACAUGCUGUUUGUUGGCAUAUUCGGACCAAAAGGACAAUGCGAUGAGGUCGUCAUUAAGCAUACCGGAAAUAAUGUUUACAAAAUUACAUAUGAAGUGCGUGACCCGGGCGAUUAUUUGCUAGUGGCCAAGUGGGGUGACGAGCAUAUACCAGGUUCGCCAUUCCAGUUGAAUGCCAUAUAAAGUUGAAGGAGCUCAACCAAAUACCCAGUCGUACUUAAUUUAGUUAUAAUUAUUGUUAGAGUAUUUAAAACCAUUACGAAAAGAAUUAGCAAAUACGUACAUAUGUUUUCCCUUAACUUAACACAUUUUAAUAGAACACCAAGAUCUAUCUAUGUUGUAAUUGAAUUUUGUUAGUAAAUAAAUAGCGAUCUAAGCAUACAAAACAAA